CCCAAGUGAACAGUCUGUAGCAGAUUGGAACGGGCAGACAGCUUGCUCCUUGGGAGGUGGUCACCUUCUUCUGAGGCUGUGUCUGUGUCUUUAUGACCCGUGCCAGGCUGGAUGCCACUUGUUAAGGAUGCUGUUGGCACUUGCUCCACUGCCAGGAUUCUCCUACUUCCAUGGAUCCUGGCAUGCCUAGACCAAGAUCUGGUUGGAUUGACAGCUGAUGAAGAUGAAGAUGUAACUAUAUAAACAGUCGAGUUGAUGUCCCCUUUUUUUUAAAGAAACAGUCCUUGGGUGGAUGUUGGAUAUUUCAUCUGCUAGGAGAUGAAAGUCUAGUUCUUAUAUCUUUGGUUGCACCAACAAUGAAGGCCAAGAGCAAAGGAACCAAGCGUCGGAAUGCAGUCAGUGAGGAUGCUUUGGGCCAAGAACCCACCCAGAGCAGAGAUGAUCUUCUGAAAUGUUCACGGCGCAAGGAAAAGAGGAACAAAGAGGGCCAGAAGGUCACCUCAAAACUCCCUUGGAGUAGCAAGGAUAGGCGCUUGCGGAGGCUGGAAAGCAACGAACGCGAACGCCAGCGCAUGCACAAACUCAACAAUGCCUUCCAAGCCUUGAGGGAAGUCAUCCCUCACGUCAGAGCUGAGAACAAACUCUCCAAAAUCGAGACCCUCACUUUGGCCAAGAACUAUAUUAAGUCGCUCACAACCACAAUUCUCAGGAUGUCCAAUGGACACCACCCGGUUGUUGAGGGCACAGCCUCUGAAAGCAAGUCGAAAUUGUAUGAACACUAUCAACAGCAAUGCGAGGAAGGAGAUGAACCAGGGGAACAGCUUCAGAAAUAUUCCACCCAGAUUCAUAGCUUCAGACAAGGCAGCUAAAGCUGGCUAAACAUUACCAAUUGUCUUCCAGUGCCUGGGAAAGCAAGCACCCAACCAUCAAGUGGACAUGUGUGGCUUUUCUCCAUAUUUUUGCAAAAUGGAAGCCCAGUUUUGAACUUCUGCUCUGUUUUAUGAAAGGACCUCUGUGUGAAUCCACCUUAGGAUUCCAAAGCGAUAUCUCCAUAAGAUAUUCAACGUGCCAGCCAGCAAGAUCUUCUGUUUAACAGGCCCCUUUUCCCCCUCUAUACUACAUUUUCCAUUUUUCUUUUCCGACUGGUUCUCAGUGUUCCAUAGCUAUCAAAGAUACUCAGUCCAGAAUGGGAUCUUUCUUUGGAGGGUGGAUUUAAGCUAACUUGAGGUUUUUUUAAAAAAAAGAUGUUUUGUAUCCUGACAUCUUCUUAGUAAAAUUCCAGAUCAUUGUAACCCCUUUCUGUUGGCACUCACUAACUGUGUUUGCUAUUGAAAGGAGAAAUCAAGGUGCUGGGCAUGUUGAGAAUUUGUGUGCAUAUCAGUAUGCUCACUCAACCUCAACAGUGACUCAAAUUUUGUGACAGAAGCAGCUGUUGCAGAUCAGGAACUUUCCAUAUUGGGGGCUCAGCUGUGUGUUGUGCUAGGAAUAAACCAACAGAUCAGAAUGCCCAUUUAAAAAUCCAUCUCUGGUUUGUCCCAACAUCACUUAGAUUUCAGUUGUUACAAAAUUUGAGGGGUUUCCCCCCCCCUUUUAAGGCUAUUCUCUAAGAUAAAUCCAUUUGGAAUUAAACAGGUUGUUUUGCUCAGCAAAAACAAGCUUCCUAGAAUUAAUGUAAAUACUACAGGCUGUUAUUUGUCCAGCCCCAGGAAGAUCUCCAGAUGUUGCUGAACCUCAACUCCUAUUAGCUGUAGCCAUUAUGACCCAUGGUGAGGAAUGUUAGUAUUAGCUCAUCGACAUCUGAAGAACAAUAGAUCCCACAUUACUGACUUACGCUAAUACUAGGUGAAGUCAUAUUAGCUGUUAGAAUUUGUAUGAACAUUGUAUAUGUUCAUUGUAUAUGUUUUUUUAAUUGAUAAAUUAGCAUGCAGGGCAUCUGAGCCAGGUGGCACCCAGGCACAGUAACACACAAGGGGCUUUAACACUAUAGUCUCCUUUGGGAUCAGGGCAAAAUGAUUUUUUAAAAAUUCCAAUAGAAAUAGGAGCUUCAGUAUAGAACCAUGAUAGUGGAUAAAGAAGUCCCUUGUCCCUGUUUUUAGGGUUUUGAUCUAGAUAGCCUAUGUCCCAUGUUUAAUGUUUUAAAAACCAUGCAUGAAUAGCCUCUAAGUUAGCUGUACCUUGUCUGUUUUUUGCAUGCCGAAGGAAGAUUUAUAUAUUCAGUCAAUGAAUUCAAUAUUAAGAGCAUUUUGGUCUUAAUUUCUGUAUCCUGGGAUUGACAUUCUACUGUUCAAAAGGAACACGAGUAGAUGCAUCUCUGAGCUGCUAAUGCAGACUGGAUAACUGCAGUGCCCUUGACCCCUUUUUGGAAGAUCUCUGGAGCUUUCUAAUUUCACUGUACAGAGUUGGCAAUGACUUUUGUAGAGGUGGGAACUCUGAAGACUGAAACGAGGUCCAAACUGACCCUUAGUGCAGCUUUAAACAUGCAAAGGAAACCCCAAAUCUGUCCUUCCAGAACGUUGGGAUGAAAACCAGAAAGCCCAUCUCUGGCCAUGUUUAGAAGACUAUUUAUGUAAUAACUCUGCCCACUAGAGUCUUUCUUCCCCCAAAUAUUAGGUAUGGCAUUGACCAUCCAAAGGCUGGUCAUCCUCGACUCAGCAUGUUGGAGAUCUGAAACUUCGGUGUCCUGUCUUGGUCUCAGUUGACAAUGUAAAUAAUCUGUAAUAGCAACCAUCAGUAACGUAUUUUUCGCAGCCUUUUAGAUGAGAAAGGAAACGGUAAUGAUUUGGUGAAUAGGCAGUUGUUUUGAUCGAAAGGAGGGGUGAUUGGGUAAGCUAAUUCUGAGCUGAUGAGAAAUUCUGUCCAAAAUAAACAGCAGUACUGUGGAAUACAAUAAAAGAAUGAACGUG